GAUUGCAACGGGAAUCUUGUUCCUAUGAACACACUUUCAUAUACAUAUUCCAGAACAUUUUCGGACGGAAAUAACCGUGACAUUCUCUGUAACAUGACUACAGAUAAUGGUGGAUGGAUAGUCUUUCAACGUCGUUUUGAUGGAAGUACAAACUUUUAUCGGAACUGGACGGAAUAUGCAGUGGGUUUUGGUAAUUCUACCAGUGAAUUCUACUUAGGAAAUCAGAUUAUCCAUGAAAUUGUGAGAGAUGGGAUUUUUGAACUCAGAAUUGAUCUGGAAGACAAAACAGGUGAAUGGAGAUAUGCCAAAUACGGACAGUUUUCUGUCUAUGGUCCUGAUUCUAUGUAUCAAUUGCAUGCGACUGAUUACAGUGGAAAUGCUGGCAACAGCCUGAAAUAUCACCAUGGUCGAAACUUUACAACAUUUGACAUGGAUAAUGAUAUUUGGCCUGAAAACUGUGCCGUUCGUUGCCAUGGAGCUUGGUGGUAUGGAGGCUGUCAACAAAGCAACCUGAAUGGUGACCAUGGAAACGAUGAGCACGCAAAAGGAAUAAACUGGCUGCAUUGGCAUGGUUGGUCUUACUCAAUGGUAUCCACACAAAUGAUGGUCAGAGUUACCAAACAUUAA